CAGCGGCAUGUGAAUGGCGGCAGAAGGUGGCAGAGUCUUUGUCCCAGGGGCCCAGGAGGAGCUCCCUGUCACUCACAGCGCUCGGAGUCAGAGCCACAUCCACUUCCAGCCUCUGCCACGCACCUCCCAGUGGCAGGCCACUCUGGCUCACACCAGGAGUCCCAGUUACACACACUUCAUCACUCCCUCGCACACACAGCCUCAGAGGUACAGCUGCCGCCUCACGCACAGCCUCUCAGCCAUGAGUCGAGGGGAGAGGGGAGUGCAGGGGUCUGCAGGGAAGCUCAGCAAGCCCAGUGAGCCGCUGUUCCCCAAAACUUCUCAGCAGACCAACCUGAGCCAGAAGUUGUCCAUGUGCAGCAAACUAUGUUUUGCCAUUGGUGGAGCUCCGAAGGAGGUGGCUGCCAGCGCCACAGCCUUCUUCCUGCAAAUCUAUCUGCUCGAUGUUGCUCAGAUCAACGCCGUCCAGGCCUCCAUGGUCUUGUUCGUAGGUAAAGUCUGGGGUGCCGUAACCGAUCCCAUCGUUGGUUUCUUCAUGACAAAAAGCAGGUGGACCAAGAUUGGCAGACUCAUGCCCUGGAUGGUGGGCUGCACGCCCUUCCUAGUGGUGUCGUACUUCUACCUGUGGUUCGUUCCUCCUUUCAUCACCGGCAGGUUCAUCUGGUACCUGGGCUUCUACUGCCUCUACCAGACCCUCAUCACUUGUUUCCACGUGCCUUACUCCGCUCUCACCAUGUUCCUCAGCACAGACCAGAAGGAAAGAGACUCAGCCACUGCUUACCGAAUGACAAUGGAGGUGCUGGGGACUCUGGUGGGCGCUGCCAUCCAGGGCCAGAUAGUGGCCAGUGCUCACACUCUGAAGCACUGCCCCACUCACAACAUGUCUGCCGGUUACCUUGGAAACAGCAGCGGGGCAGAGAUCGUGAGGAGCCUGGUGCACUCGCAGGACUACCUGUCACACGCUAAGGAGAUGUACAUGACAGCUGCUGGCGUGAUAGGAGGCGUGUUCCUUAUCUGCACCGUGGUGAUGUUCCUGGGAGUCAGAGAGAGAGACGAUCCAUACGCCCCAAAGACAGAGAAGCAGAUUCCUUUCCAUCAGGGUUUCAUCCUGGUGAUGAGACAUGGUCCGUACCUCAUCCUGACCGCUGCCUUCCUCUUCAUCACCGUUGCAAUUCAGCUCAUCCAGAGCAACUUUGUCCUCUUCUGCACUUACGCUGCCGACCUGAGGGAUCACUUCCAGAACAUCGUGCUGACCAUCCUCGUUUCUGCAGUAAUAAGCAUCCCACUGUGGCAAUGGUUUCUGGAGAGGUUUGGGAAGAAGACGGCAGCUUUUUGUGGCAUCACUUGGAUCAUGCCGUUCACCAUGAUGCUGGUCUUCAUCCCCAAUGUGGCGGUGGCUUACGUUGUGGCGGUUUCCUCUGGACUCAGCGUAGCUGCAUCGCUGCUUCUGCCGUGGUCCAUGUUGCCAGAUGUGGUCGACGACUUCAGACUGGCCAACCCUUUCUCCAAAGGUCAUGAAGCCAUCUUUUACUCGUUCUACGUCUUCUUCACCAAGUUUGCUGCGGGGAUCUCCCUGGGAGUGUCCACGCUCUGCCUAGAGUUUGCAGGGUAUGACACCGGCGCCUGUAAGCAGCCUGCUCCUGUAGUGUACACCCUGAAGCUGCUGAUCGGUGCCGCACCUGUAGCCUUCAUUGUCACGGGGUUACUAAUCCUCCUCCUGUAUCCCAUCAACGAGGACGUACGGCUCAGGAAUAAAGUCCACCUUGAGGAGCUACGGUGUGUAGAAAUCAUUAACGGACAUCUGAGAGGAAAAGUGUAGCUCCUCG